AUCAAUGUUUUUCAAACUUAUAAAAGAGCCCCUUCCUCAAGCAAUCCAAUUUGCUCCUCCUCUUCUAUCUGAGAUUCUAAUAAUUGAAGCCAAUACAAGCUUCAAAGCAAGAUAAGAGAGAAGAGGGAGAGAGGGAGAAACCAAUGGAGGUGGUGAUGCCAAUAUCACCCUCCCAUGACUUCUACUUCCCUUCAAAUUCUCUCUACACAAGUGCGCCGGCGAGCCCGAAGCCCUUCGGUAACCCGUCGGAGCACUACUACUUCCUAAGCGCCCCCGCGAGCCCCCGCGGAUCCUCCUUCAACUGGGAGAAGAAGCCCGAAGCCGAUGCCUUCGACUUUGCUUUCGAAUUCUCCGGAGAGGUCGAGGGGGAGGCCCCCGCGGCUGCCGACGAGCUCUUCGAGGGGGGCAAGAUUCGCCCGUUGAAUUCUUCUCUACGACAAUCGUCUACGAAGAGUAGCGACGGAUGUGAGUCACAACAAGGGCGAGGAAAAGGGAUGGUUGCUGAUGCUAUCCAAAAGAUCAAUCUGCUAGGAAACAGCUCAGAAACAGCCUCGGCAGGUGAGAGAGGGAGAGGGAGAGCGCCCGCCUCGACCGCCGAGGGCUAUUCAAGAGGCCGGAGGGCGGCGCGGUCCCUCUCUCCGUUGAGAGGAGGCGACGGGGAGUUCGAGAGGUCGCAAAACUCCGCCGCCCCUUCCUCGGCCUCUUUGAUAAGAGGUUGUGGGAGUAAGAAGUGGAGUCUCAAGGACUUCUUCCUCUUCCGAAGCGCGUCCGAUGGGCGCGUGAUCGGAAGAGGAAGCAAAGAUCCCCUACGCAAGUAUACUUUACUUCCUUCUUCCUCCUCCUCCUCUUCCUCUUCGUCGUCGUCAUUUACGUCGCCAUCGAAAGUAAAAAAGAACAACGAAACCGGCGCUAUGACGUCGAAAGGUGGGAAAGGCUCGAUGGCCGCCGUGCAUGAGACGCAUUACACCGCGAACCGAGCGGCGUCGGAGGAGAUGAAGAAGAAGACGCCGCUGCCCUUCCACCGGAACAGCCUCUUCGGCUAUCUGAGGUUCAAUCCGGCGAUAAACAGCAUCGGCCGGAGGCUCAACAGCUACACCCUUUCCCGCGGCCGAUCCUAACUUUCUUGAUCUAAUUCCCUUUUGGAUGUUUGAUUGUGCAAGUAUGAAAAAUCAUUCAUUUUUUCGUUUAAUUUAAUAGCAUGUAAAACAAUUAUCAUACAGUUAAAUCCUCUCUAUGAAUCAGAGAAUGCGUGUUCGUAGUUUCAUACGUACUAAUAGAAACUGAAGAGUCUGAUCGAUUGGUUUUAUUGUUUCGUUUGUUGCAGUUGUGUUACAGAUACUGUUCUUAUUUGUAUUAAUUGGCAAAGCAAGGAGGAAAGCAUUGUGCAAAUAUUUACCUUGA